AUUAAGUUACUUGUUGAAAAUGCUUCGAAUAGAUCUGCUGCUGGUCCUAACGAUUGGUGUAGCCAUAAGAGCAGCUCCGUACGUCAUCGAAGCGCCAACCGAAGGCGACCAAAAUUGGUGGAAAAAUGCGCUAUUUUAUCAGGUAUAUCCUCGCUCAUUUAAAGACAGUGAUGGGGACGGGAUAGGAGAUCUCGAAGGUAUUCGUAGUAAACUACAUCAUUUGAAAGACGCGGGGGUUACCGGCGUCUGGUUUUCUCCAAUUUAUCAAUCGCCGCAGAAAGAUCUCGGGUAUGAUAUUUCAAAUUAUACAGCAAUCGACGGCAGGUACGGUACGAUGCAAGAUUUUGAAAAUCUGUUAAAGGACGCUCAUGCUAUGGGCAUUAGAGUUAUAAUGGAUUUUGUUCCAAACCAUUCCAGUGAUCAGCAUGAAUGGUUCCAAAAGUCUAUUAAAAAGGAAAUCCCGUACCGUGAUUAUUACGUGUGGAAGGAUGGCGUUAACGGUAAACCACCAAACAACUGGAUAAGUGUAUUUAAAGGAUCGGCUUGGACUUUCAAUGAGGAGCGUGGUCAAUAUUAUCUUCAUCAGUUUUCCGCGGAACAACCUGACCUCAACUAUAACAAUCCACAGUUAGUAGCAGAAAUGAAGAAAGUCUUAAAGUUUUGGAUGGAUAAAGGUGUUGACGGUUUUCGAUUUGACGCAGUCCCUUACAUUUGGGAAGAUCUCGAGUUUAAAGAUGAACCUGUUGCUAAUGCAGCUCUUAGUCCAAAUGACUUUGAUUACCUCGAUCACAUUUAUACGAAAGACCGGCCUGAAACAUUCGAUGUAAUUUAUGAAUGGAGACAAUACAUAGAUGACUAUAUGAGUACCUACGGUGGUGACGCACGAGUAAUCAUGACGGAGGCGUAUUCUGAUAUUGAAAGCACAAUGAAGUACUACGGUAACGGUGAUAAAAAGGGAGCUCAGAUCACCUUCAACUUCCAGUUGAUUUCAAAAGUUCGCAAAGAAUCAACAGCAAAAGACAUAGUACUUACAAUUAAGGAAUGGUUUGCGUAUAUGCCUCCACAAUAUACCCCUAACUGGGUGAUUGGUAAUCAUGAUAACCACCGAGUUGCCACGCGUUUUGGUCCGGAAUUGGUGGACGCAAUGAACAUGCUAGUCGCUCUCCUUCCCGGAGUAAUGGUCACAUACAACGGAGAAGAAAUUGGGCAGGAAGACGGCGAGGUCACUUUUGCCCAGGGGCAAGACCCGACGGCGUGCGGUUCCCAAGAAGAUUUCAAAACUCUUAGCCGAGACUUUGAACGCACACCUUUUCAGUGGAGUGAUUCGAAAAACGGAGGAUUUAGUGACGGCGACACGACCUGGCUACCCGUCAGUAUCAAAUACAAGCAAACUAACCUCGCAGCUCAAAAUGUAUCUGGCGUUUUAAGUCACUAUAAUAUUUACAAGCAGUUGGUCAAGCUAAGACAAGAACCUGAAUUUUUGACAGGCUCGUUCAAAAUAAUAGCUUUGUCCGACAAGGUGCUCGCAUUUACGAGAAGCAGCGAGCAAGCGUCCUAUCUCGUUCUGAUCAACAUUUCAGGUGACGAAGAAGAACUGGAUCUCACCCCGUUCACAGAACUUACCAAGUAUGUGACAGUUGUUGUAAAAAGCUCUAACUCGGAUAAAAAAUACAGUUCGUUAUCCACCGAAAAGCUUCCUUUGAAGCCUUACGAAGCAAUCGUUGCUAAGUCACCUCCUGACGUCAACUCAGACUGGUGGAAACACGCCCUGUUCUAUCAGAUUUAUCCAAGAUCUUUUAAGGACGACAAUAAUGAUGGAAUCGGUGAUUUAAAGGGAAUAACGGGCAAACUGGAGCAUCUCAAAAAUGCUGGCGUAACGGCCGCUUGGCUGUCGCCAAUUUUCCAAUCUCCGCAAGUUGAUCAAGGGUACGACAUUAGCGAUUACACUAAAAUCGACGAACCGUACGGAACUAUGGACGAUUUCGACGCGUUGGUGCAGAAAGCGCACGACCUCGGUCUGAAAAUCAUAUUGGAUUUCGUUCCCAAUCAUUCCAGUAACAAACACGAAUGGUUCAUAGAAUCAGAGAAAAGGACACCAGGAUACGAAAAUUUCUACGUUUGGAGAGAUGGCAAAGACGGUUCCACUACAAUCCCUCCAAAUAAUUGGUUGAGUAUAUUUUCAAAAUCUGCUUGGACAUACAGUACAGUACGAAAACAGUUUUAUUUGCAUCAGUUCGCUGAACAGCAACCAGAUUUAAAUUACCGAGACUCAAAUGUGGUAGAAAAGAUGAAGGAUGUUAUGAAGUUUUGGCUAGACAAAGGUGUGGAUGGUUUUCGCAUUGAUGCUAUACCAUAUCUUUUCGAAGACGAUAGAUUUUUAGAUGAACCUCUUUCUAAUGCCCCCGGAGUUCCUUCAGAUAACCACAAGUAUUUAAACCAUCCAUACACAAGUGACCAACCCGAGACCUUCGACAUGGUGCAACAAUGGAGACAGUUGGUGGAUACGUACACGCAGGAGCACGGAGGAGACGCAAGGGUAAUCAUGACGGAAGCGUACACCGAUAUAAACAAUACUAUGAGAUAUUACGGAGAAGGUGAUAAGAACGGGGCACACUUCACCUUUAACUUCCAAUUCGUAAGUUACUUAAAGAAAGAGUCGACAGCAAAUGAUAUCCUAAACAUAAUAAACGAAUGGCUCGAUAAGAUGCCGGCAAAAUACACUUCCAACUGGGUUCUGGGAAAUCACGAUAACACCCGGAUUGCGACCAAGUAUGGCCCGGAGAGGGUAGACGGUAUGAAUAUGUUAAUCGCUGGUCUUCCUGGAGUAAUGGUAACCUAUAACGGGGAAGAAAUAGGCCAAGAAAACGGGGAAGUUAGCUGGGAGCAAGGCCAAGAUCCUAGUGCUUGCAUUGCAAAUAAGGAAGACUUCCAAAGUAUAAGCAGGGAUUUCGAACGCACACCAUUCCAAUGGGACGAUACCGUAAAUGCAGGAUUUAAUAAAGGAAAAGCACCAUGGCUACCCGUCAGCAAUAAAUACAAGGAAACUAAUUUAAAAGCCCAAAGUAUUCCAGGCGUUAAAAGUCAUUUCCACGUUUACCAAGAACUAGUAGAGCUACGACGUGAGUCCGCUUUUACCGAUGGUGCAUUCAAAAGAGCAGCUCUUUCUGAAAACGUCUUGGCAUACACACGUGGGCUAGAAAAUGGCCCAGUAUACCUGGUGGUCAUAAACAUUGCCAAUGUGUCAGAGAGGGUAGACAUCUCCAGAUUCGAAGGAGUUAAAACAAAUGUAAAAGUACUCAUUUCCAACAUUCAAUCUAACAAAUACGGCAGAGUUCUUCAAUCAAAAGACAUAAAUCUAUCGCCUUACGAAGCAUUCGUCGCCAAAGUACUUCCCGACGUACAAAAGGGCGACAUGGAUUGGUGGAAACAUGCAGUCUUCUACCAAAUUUACCCAAGGUCGUUUAAAGAUAGCAAUAAUGACGGAAUUGGGGACUUGAAGGGGAUAAUUAGCAAACUGGACCAUUUAAAAGACGCCGGAAUUACGGCCACCUGGCUCUCCCCGAUAUACAAAUCUCCGCAAGUUGACCAAGGUUAUGACAUUAGCGACUUCAUGGACUUAGAUGAGAAUUACGGUACAUUAGAUGACUUCCGAGAGUUGGUGCAAAAGGCUCACUCUAUGGGAAUAAAAAUUAUAAUGGAUUUUGUACCUAACCAUUCCAGUAACAAACAUGAGUGGUUUAUCAAAUCGGAAAAUAAUGUUCCUGGCUUUGAAGACUUUUACGUGUGGAGAGAAGGAAAAUCGCCCACUUCUCCACCAAACAACUGGCUAUCAAGUUUCAAGUAUUCGGCGUGGGAAUAUAGCGCAAAACGUAAGCAAUAUUAUCUCCACCAGUUUGCUAAGGAGCAGCCAGAUUUGAACUACUCAAAUCCGGUGGUAGUGCAAAACAUGAAGAAUGUGCUGAAGUUUUGGUUAGAUCGUGAUGUUGACGGUUUCCGCAUGGACGCCGUUCCCACGUUAUUUGAAGAUGAAGCAUUUCGAGACGAACCGCCGUCUAACGCAACGGGGGUUUCUUCUGUCGAAUGGGCUUCUCUCGACCAUAUUUACACGAUAAAUAUGCCUAAAACGUACGACAUGAUUUAUCAAUGGCGCGAUUUAAUGGAUGACUACGUAGAAGAAUAUGGAGGUGAUGCCAGGGUUAUGAUGACGGAAGUGUACACUACUACAUCAAAAACAAUGGAAUAUUACGGAAAUGGACAAAGACUCGGUGCUCACUUCUCGUUCAACUUCCACUUUAUCACCAAAAUCGACAAACAAUCCAACGCUUCCGUUAUAGUGUCGGUUAUAGACGAUUGGAUCGAUAACAUGCUUCCCGAUACAAUUGCCAAUUGGGUCAUCGGUAACCACGACAAUCAUCGCGCCGCCACAAGAUUUGGGCCUGAUAAAGUUGAUGGUAUGAAUGCGCUCAUUGCGGUUCUUCCAGGUGUUAUGGUAACGUACAAUGGCGAAGAAAUUGGACAAGAAGAUGGUGAGGUGACCUGGGAACAGGGCAAAGAUCCUGGAGCUUGCAAUGCACAAAAGGGAGAUUUUAGCAAAUUUAGCAGAGAUUUCGAACGAACCCCAUUCCAGUGGGAUGACAGUGUUAAUGCUGGUUUCAAUGAGGGCGCAACUCCUUGGCUUCCAGUCGGUAGUAAAUACAAAGAAACUAAUUUAAAGGCUCAAAGUAACAACUCAGAAGUGAGCCAUUAUCAAAUCUAUAAGCGCUUGCUACAACUGAGAAAUCAAGAAGUUGUACGCAGUGGCACAUUAAAAGUUAAGCCUGUAGGCAAUUUAAUCGUAUUAACCAGGACUUAUCUUUCAAAUGUAUUGGUAUUUAUAUUUAAUGUUGGGGACCGGACCGAGACUGGUGAUCUAAGUUCCGAGUUCAAGGGAUUAACAGACUACUUAGAAGUGAACUUAGCCAGUUCACACUCUGAUCAGGUUAACGGCGCUCUGUUAAACACAAAAAAGUUGACGUUAAAAGCAAACGAUUUCGUGAUAGCGAAGCCAACAUCGCGUAAACCAGAUACGAGCUCGCCAGGUUCGGGAAAUACAAUCUUUUCAAGGAUGGCGAUCUUCAUGGGAGUGUUGCAUCUCUUAUUAAUGUUUAAACGUAAUUGAUUUAAGAGUUGUAAUUUGAUACUAGUACAUAUACUUCAAUAAACUAAUUUUUACCACCCG